CCGUACUCCUUUCGCUCUGUAUGGAAAGGAAAUCCACUUGAGCGUCGCAGCUUGGGACAUAGAGUCAGUGGAGUUAGGGCGCCGCGAGGGAGAGUGCACCGAGGAAGAGGAAGAGAGAAGGCAAGAGUCAGUGGAGUCGAUGGGAAUGGCUACGCUGAUGGCUUUUCCGAAUCCUCCCAUCGCUCUGAGGAGCAAGCAUAUCAUCAAUCUUUCCUUGCAGAUAGAGAUUUCCCAGAGCUGCAGAACUCUAGCCCAUUACAGAGCCUCAGUAUCCAUAGGAUCUCAUUCUAGGUGGCACUUUUUGACUCAUUCCAUUAAAAUACGAGCUGCUGAACAUUUUGGUGAGCCAAAAAAUGUAACUGGUUUCCUGCACGAUUUAGUAGAGAGCUUGUGGAAGACUUCUCCCAGACCACUGAAUAAGUUCCCAUGGAAGGAAGCUAAAGAUAAGGUUAUAGAGCGCUUGCUCUUUCUUGGACAGAAGGCUUUGAAAUGGUCCACUAUUGUGCUUCUUGUUGUCAGUUCUGUAUCAGAUGUCUUGCUGGCAAUCUCAAGAAAUAGAGAGCUGAUGAUUCCACUCGGUUUAUUCAUAGGUGUUGCACUGACAGAUUUCUUAAAGGAGUUCUUUCACGACUAUUUUCAGAGAAGUAUAAAGGAUGACUCUUUUAAGCAUCUCGUGGGCAUUGGAUUGUUUUUUGUGCUCGUUAAGCUUAUCUCGUUAUGCAUGGAAAUUCCAAGGCGGGUAUUUUUUUCUCAUAUUGGGAAUGGUGGCUUGAUGCAAGUCUUCUGGUUGUCAAAAGAGUUGCAGCACACUGAGGAUAUUGGGAAUCAGAAAGAGCAAAGGUUGGAUGCCUCGGUGUCAGAAGUUCAAUAGAUUGAAAUGUGCGACUUUACCGCAUAAAGAGAUUGCUGUCGUGAGCCGGAUCAUGAGUUAUUAUUUUGGGCUUUUGCUGAGUGAUGAUUUCUUCCAGGGUCUGAAUUCUUCGUAAUAAAUUUUGUGUUGUACCAGUUUUCUGAAGCUGUAGAGCAUCAUUCGCAUGCAAAUUGUAAUUUACAUAAUUUUAAAAAUGAGCUAUGAAUUAAGUCAGAUUGUCAAUCAGGUCAAAUCAACUCUGUUUUUCAGCAGUGAACUAAGAUUCGUGAA